UUUGUCUUCCGCUCACAUUUUGGACUUUUCGUUAUUCGUUUUGGUCCCCUAUCUUCUUCUCCGUCAUCACUCAUCGUUCUUUAUCGCUAUUCUUCUACAAUUAUUGUUUUCAAUACAAUAAUUGAUUUUACUUGCAUCAUUUUUGUUUUUUUAUUUGUUAAUUAAACAUUUUUUAGUAAGGCAAUAAUAAUUAUUUGUUUAUUAUAAGCGUUUUGUUGGUUUGGUUAUUGUGCAGCUGUGCAAAGUGUUAACGACGAAUUACAAGUCACAUAUAGUUAGUAGUCUACCUGCUCUUCGUGACCAAAUAAAUCAGGUUUAUUAAAGUUAGAUACCUACAUAGUUAUUUAUUAAAAAAUAAAAAACUUAAAUUCUGGUAGGUGACUUCUUUUUGAAAUAUCAAAUUUUCAAUACCGAGCAAAAGUUUUAUAUGCCUAUGAGGAAUACGAAAAAUAAGACAAAAACUUGUGUGUUAAAUGUUUAAUGGCUGUGUUGCAAAAUUGCAAACAAAAUAAUUAUAUUCUAUUCGUAUGGAUCGACCAAAACUAUCCAGGAAAAAGCAUCAGCAACAACAGUGCCUGUGUCACCACCAACAAUUACCAUAAUUUGAUUCACGACAACAAAUUUAAAUAGUUGUCAUGUUGAUGGUCAAUUCUAGUUAUUAGUUAUUAUGUGGUCAAGACUCGGAUAUCAACAAAAUCAACCUGUAUUAACCUUAGCAAUUGAAGAUCCAAAUGGUGUAUUUGUGAACAAAUAUAAAUAAAAUAGACUUAACACUCAAUCAAAAAACACAAAGAGAAAAAGUAUUUGUAGCAAUUAAAUAUUAAACAAUAACAAUUAAGUAAACAAUUUUAAAUGAAGUGGCCAGAAGCUAAAGCAAUUCUGCAAUUAAAACAUCAGGAACCCAAUUUUGAGAAGCUUAUAAAUUCGGCUAUAAUUGGUGUCAAAAGCUAUCGGCGGCUACAUGAGUUUCUCUUAAUUUAUCACACCAACUACAGGCACCAUCUUCAUCAGUACUUUAACCAUCAUCAUCCUGACAGCUGCAACGUACGCUUUAAUAAUACAUGGAAAGCAUUAUUGGAAUUUAUUAUAACUAAACAAAAAUAUAUACAAUCGAGCUGCAAUCGCCGACCUUCCUCCAGCAAAAUCGGCCACUACAACAAGCAAACAAAACGACGACAUCUCAUUUUAAAUAAAAAGUAUUUUCCUAAAAGACGUUGGAUAAGGGCUUCCAAAUAAAGCAUUAUUAAAAAAAAAAAAAAACGAAUUGAUAAACAUCAAUUAUUAUAUUUCUCGAAAUGGCCGGAAUUCAAAAUGCACGCAUUUUGCGAUUUCUCAUUGCAAUCGGUGCUGUAGUACUGACUAUUUUCGUUUAUGCCUCCUAUUAUUCAAAUACAUCAAUGGGAAUGUCCAACCAUUUUAGGAUUUCACCAGCUUUAGUUUCUUCUUCAUCAUCAAUGUCUGAGAAAUAUUUGAUUCAAAAUGCAAGCGAUUCAAAUGGAGUAAGCCUUGGUAAUAGUUUAAUUAUUAAAAAUAGUAAUAAUAUCGUCGAUGACGAUUUGAAAGAAAACAGGAAUUCAGUCAUAGACAUUCGGAUGGCUCAUAGUAAUUUAAAUAAUUUAAGCGAUAAAUUAAAAUAUUCGCAUCAAGAUAAUGCCAAUACCAAUAACCAAAACAACACUUCAAAAGGAAACAAAAACAAUAUCGUAGCAGCACAAAAAUCUAUUGAAGGAGAUUCAAGCUUUUUCACUAAUUCAUCAAUAAGCGUACAAGAUUCGGACACCAUUUCGAUCCCAACAGCGAAUAUCCAGUCCCUUAUUCUGAAUGCUGAUAAAAUUUUAAAGAACCUAACAGUGUCACAGAGCAAUAACUUAAACUUGCAGCAGCAACAACAAAAAAACAAACAACAAACGAAUCAUUCAACCGUUCAAUCUUCGCUUGCACAACCGCCGUCCAUUCUAAUACCAGCCAAUCGUCUGAAACCGUCUGGCAAAGGGCAAGCAGCAAUCAUCGAUCCAACUCAAGGCAUUCCCACAGCAGACAUCUACGAGAGUGGGCAUCUUGACGUAAACCCUCACAUCUGUCCUGACGAAGGUGACGGCAUAAAAUUGCUAAUUAUAAUAACAUCUGCGCACUCACACCAGGAUGCGCGCCUAUCGAUCCGUCAGACAUGGGGACACUAUGGAACGCGUCGUGAUGUCGCCAUAGCAUUUAUUCUUGGUUAUACUAAUAAUCAAACUCUUGAAAAUGCGCUUAACCAGGAGAAUUACAUUUAUGGGGAUUUAAUUAGGGGUCAUUUCGUAGAUAGCUACAAUAAUCUUACUUUAAAAACCAUUUCGGCAUUAGAAUGGGUUGAUCAAAAUUGCCCACAAGCUAAAUUUGUACUUAAAACUGAUGAUGAUAUGUUUAUAAAUGUUCCCAAGCUAAUGGCCUUCUUAGAAAAACACCAAAAAGACAAGCGCGUCAUAUUUGGUCGUCUGGCUAAAAAAUGGAAGCCCAUUAGAAAUAAAAAAUCCAAGUACUACGUCUCCAGUGUACAGUUCGCUGCAACGAUAUUUCCACCUUUUACUACGGGACCAGCGUAUGUAAUGAGUGCUGAUGUUAUACACGAUUUAUAUAUGAAAGCACUGGAGCAGACCUAUCUUAAGUUAGAAGAUGUUUUUACAACGGGCAUUGUUGCCCAACAACUCGGCAUAAAACGAAUACACGUUAAUGAGUUUCUUAAUCGCAGGAUCGCUUUCAAUCCUUGCAAUAUUAGAAAAACUAUCAGCGUACAUAUGAUUAAGUCAAAUGAACAAUUUGAUCUGUGGAAAAAACUGCUCGAUCAAUCGACAACCUGUAAAUAGUAGUAUUAUUAUAUAAAAAAUUAAAAAAAACUGGACUAAUAAAACAAAAAAGAAUAUAUGAUAUUAAA